UCCUUCUCAAUACCUCCGAGUUACAGCACACUUCUCCGUCUCCUUCUAGUUGUGGCUUAGCUUGCUGAACCCUCUACUUGCUUAACUAUACCGUGCAGAUAAAUAAGCAGUAACGCAGGAGAAACGUCAGGUCGGAGAAGAUGGCUACCCCGCAGACCCCCGCGUCAGCGGACUUCUCGUCUUCCCCUCUAAAACGUACCAAGAUUGUCCUUCUCGGCGACCAGUCAGUAGGAAAGACCUCUCUCAUCACUCGAUUCAUGUACGACACCUUCGACAACACGUACCAAGCGACUAUCGGGAUUGACUUCUUGAGCAAAACGAUGUACCUCGAGGACAGGACUGUGAGGUUGCAGUUAUGGGAUACAGCGGGUCAGGAACGAUUUAGGUCUCUCAUACCGUCGUACAUCCGGGAUUCGUCAGUUGCUAUCGUAGUUUUCGACAUCACAAACCGCCAAUCGUUCCUGUCUACAAGGAAAUGGAUAGACGAAGUCCGCUCAGAGCGAGGGAACGACGUAAUCAUCGUCUUAGUAGGCAACAAAGCUGACCUCUCGGAUAAACGAGAAGUUACCCUGGAGCAGGCACAAGAACUAGCAGACGAGUUAAAAAUCAUGUUCAUGGAAACAUCCGCAAAAGCAGGCCAUAACGUAAAGAGUCUAUUCCGAAAGAUCGCUUUGGCAUUACCGGGGAUGGAGAAGGAAUCUGCAGCUACGGAUGCAGAGAAUAACAAGGUCGACGUAACCAAGCCAAACGAGAACGAAAUCCCAGAAGCGUCGAAUUGCCAAUGCUAAAAGACAUGCUUCCAUAUCCAUAUGGUAUGAUAUGGUUGGUAUUCAUUACAUGCCAGUUGUUGCUUUCCUGUUUACCUUUUACCUGUUUAUAAUACACUUUCCUUCCUAUUGUUGUAUGUUUCGGAUACCUGUUUUACAAGAUAUAUAUAUUUGCAUUUGCACAUCGUUCCGCUGCUGCGAUACCUCCCCUUAUCCACGAUUCAUUGUGUUACCUGCUCCACGAGGGUUCGCAUCUGUGAACUGCGCCCAUCUCUCGUCUUCGCGUCUCUUCUCUUCAGCCUUGUCCUCGCCCGAACGUGUGCCGUCCAUCUCGGCGUCGAGAGCAAGUUGUUCUUUCGUUGUCGGAGCAGCGGCAGAUUGCGGACCUCCACCAGUAAUAAUAUUCCCUCUUCGACGCUCUUCUUCGAGGUAUUCGUCGAUACUCAUUGUUGGAAGACGGUGGUCCGGUCGGAAUACCUCGCUUUGGAGACGUGCUCGCUCGCUCGCACCAGUAGGGAGGAUAGUGAAGGGGCGAAGAGGUUUUCCGCUGACAUUCAAAAGAGGGCCUUGUCUAUUGAGUAAUGACCCUGACGGAGCAUGAAGUCUCCAAUCAUCUUCCUCGGUACGUCGCUCUGAUUGUUGUUGGCGAAGUUCCUCUCGAGGUGCUUUCGCAAGUAGUUCGAGCUCUUGGUCGAUACUCUCCCAAUGUGCCGAAGCUUGGGCCCAUUGAAGUCGGAGAAGGAGUAAGAUCGCCUCUCGAACUGCGUCUUCAUUAUCUUCGUCCUCGCUAUUUGUAGUUGGUAAAACGGACUCUACGAGGUCAUAUGUGUUGGACGGGUCAACUUCUGGCAGUCUUCGACUGGCUCUCAAGGCAGCUAUUUUGUUCUUGAGGUCCCUCUCUUUCUUAAACUGGGCAAUCUUGGUCUCCCGUCGUUUCGCUGGAUCCGUAAUGUUCGAACUCUUGCGUCCAUAUAGUUUCUUUUCCUCUUCUGGAAUUACACUGUACGAGUCGAGCAGCGAAACGAAUGACCUGAGAUGUGCUUGGGCCCUCCGUAGUCGAACACGCCUAUCAUCCGGGUUCGUGGACCUUGCACCUGCUUCUAACUCCGCAAGGACAAACGGCACAGUCAUAUAAGCCAGAUCUUUCGUCGAGACUUCCUCGAGGGUCUCAUUCGUGCUGAAUAGAGACAAAGAGCCGAUGCGAGACGAGAGUAUGUGGAGAUCCGCAAGUGCAGAUUCUACGAGUUUCUGAGUAUCAUCCUCGAUUGUUGAUAGAGAAGAGGCUUUUGAAGCUGCCUUGAGUGCGC